AUGCUUACCACUCUCGCUCCCAUCGCCGUUCGCGCAGCUCGCACAUCCGCAAGCAGGCAGGCCCUCCGCUCCGUCUCACGGUUCCUCUCGAAGAGCACAGUGCGCCAUGAGGCUCAGCUGAACUCUCUCUCCACCUUCACAGAUGAGGAGCAAAUGCUGCGCGAUUCCGUACGCCGCUUCGCUCAGGAUGUUGUUGGUCCCAAGGUUAGGGAGAUGGACGAGAACGAAAGCAUGGACCCGACUAUCAUCAAGGGACUGUUCGAACAGGGGCUUAUGGGAAUCGAGACUAGCCCAGAAUUCGGCGGCGCAGGCAUGGGCUUCACAAGUGCUGUUAUCGCUAUCGAGGAGCUGGCAAAGGUAGAUCCUAGCGUGUCAGUUCUCUGCGACGUACAUAACACGCUUGUCAACACUAUCUUCCGCACUCGAGGUACCAAAGCCCAGCAGGAGAAGUAUCUGCCAUUGCUUUCAGAGGGAAAGCUUGGCAGUUUCUGCUUGAGCGAGCCUGCAUCUGGAUCCGACGCUUUUGCCCUCCAGACAAAGGCUGUCAAGAAUGGCAACAAGUGGGUCAUCAAUGGUUCCAAGAUGUGGAUCACAAACAGUUAUGAAGCAGAGAUAUUCCUAGUUCUAGCCAACGUCGACUUCUCUAAGGGGUACAAGGGUAUCACCUGCUUCAUCGUCGAGAAGGACAUGGGUGUGAAGAUCGCGAAAAAGGAGCAGAAGCUUGGGAUUCGCGCCAGCUCUACCUGCACCCUCGCCUUCGAUGACGUGGAGGUUCCUGAAGAGAACAUUAUGGGCGGCGAGGCAGCUAUUGGGCAGGGAUACAAGAUCGCUAUCGAGAUCCUGAACGAAGGCCGGAUCGGCAUCGCAGGGCAGAUGAUUGGCCUCGCUCAGGGUGUGUUCGAUAAGGCUGUCCCGUACACCUACGAGCGCAAGCAAUUCGGAAAACCCAUCGGCGAGUUCCAGGGUAUGCAGUUCCAGAUAGCAGAUGUUGCUACUGAGAUCGAGGCUGCACGGUUGCUGACGUACAACGCUGCCCGCCGGAAGGAGGAAGGGAAGUCUUUCGUCAAAGAAGCCGCCAUGGCAAAGUACUUUUCAUCCGUCGUAGCGCAGAGAGCCGCAGGCUCGGCGAUCGAAUGGUGCGGCGGUGUUGGUUUCACGCGUGAGACGGGGAUAGAAAAAUACUGGAGGGAUAGCAAGAUUGGCGCCAUUUAUGAGGGGACGAGCAACAUCCAGCUGCAGACGAUCGCCAAGCUGCUGCAGAAGGAAUAUGAGGCGUGAUCCGUGUGACGGCAUGGAGAUACAGUAGAAGGUCGGCAUACUCUUGUAUUGUACAAAUUCCACAAUCACAUGC